UGGUGGAAAGUCGUAGGCGGGCAGUAAUACACCUGUAUUAUUAAUUAGUAGUUUGCCUGUGACGCAAUGCCUCGUCUCCAAAUCGUAAAUCAUCGCCCUUUUCCGUUACCUCUCGCGUCUUCAGAGCCAGCGAUGCUGCUUAUGUCACAGCAGCAGCAGCAGCAGCACCAGUCGAACAAGUCGGUCCGGCGGAGCUGAGAACGAGAACGAUGGUGGCGGUCGUCAUUCCGAUUCUCUUACUGUCCAUUUGAUGAAGAAAAAUACGGCUCCCGCCGACGAAGCCAGUUGUGCAAUGGAAGGACAUGUUUUUCCCGACCAAGAGCAGCUAUUGCAGUUUCUGAGGAGGCUCAAAGAGGUUUUCGACGUGUGUGACGAGGAUGCUGACGGCUUCAUCCGGGUGGAGCACUUAGUGGAUCUCGGUCUUCAGUUCGGCCAAGGAGACGAGGUGAAGGCCUUGUCCAGGUACCUGGAUCCUAACGCUGAUGGGAAAAUCAACUUCAAAGACUUUUGUCAUGGUGUGUUUGCUAUCAAAGGUUGUGAGGAGAUACUGAAGAUGGCUGUGGGCCCUCGCAGUGCUACCUCCAACCAGCCAUCUGUUACUGACAAUGGUUACAUUUACCAGGACGGUGAGGCCAGGCUGGGAGCUCCGAUUAUCAUGUGUACUCGGUCCUAUCCAGAGUGCAGAGUGUACAGUGAGGGUUGUGGGGCUGACGGGGAGUGUGACAUGGACAGCAGCACUGAAAACACCAACGGCUCUGACUUUUUGGACCCAACAAGGAAAGACAGCCACCUCACUUGCUCAGCAUCUGCUUCCGUCAUCUCCGGGGAGGAGCAGUUUGAGGACUAUGGUGAAGGGGAAGAUGUGGAUUUCAUUCCCAGCAGUCCCUGCCCUGAGGAUGACAACCGAACAAAUGGCUUCUCAGACCUGGGUUCCUCGCUCCCCUCUAGUGCUGGGCAGACUCCUCAGAAGAUGCGGCAGCUGUAUAACAGUGAACUGCUGGACAUCUACUGUUCUCAGUGCUGCAAGAAAGUGAAUCUACUCAAUGACCUGGAGGCUCGACUUCGAAACCUCAAGGCCAACAGCCCUAACAGAAAGAUUUCCAGCACAGCAUUUGGACGUCAGCUGUUCCAGGCCAACCACAGUGUGUUUGGGUCCAGUCAGGGCAGCAGCACAGAGGAUCUGUUCACAGACAGCAUUGACUCCUGUGACCUCGACAUCACAGAGAAAGUCAGUUAUCUGGAGAAGAAGGUGACAGAGCUGGAAAGUGACAGUCUGGCCAACGGUGACCUCAAGUCUAAACUCAAACAGGAAAACACACAAUUAGUCCACAGGGUCCAUGAGCUGGAGGAGCAGGUGAAGGAUGCAGAGGCGAGGGCAGAUCAGAGUCUGGAGGAGGAGACCAAGAGACAUCGGGAGGUUUACAGCAAGAUGGACAGAGACAGAAACAUAGAGAUCGACCUGCUCUGUAACAGAUUACAGCUGUUGGAAGAAGAAAAUGGAGAGAUGAAGUUAAAUGUGUGCAGACUCAAGUCUCAGACAGAGAAACUGGACCAGGAGAAGCAGAGGAUGACAGACAAGCUGGAGGACACUAGUCUGAGGCUGAAAGAUGAGAUAGACCUGUACAGGAAGAUAAUGGACAAGCUCUGGCAUAACCGGCAUGAGUUUCAGAAGGAAAAAGAGGCCAUGCAGGAGCUGAUUGAUGAUCUGCGCCGAGAGCUGGAGUAUCUGCAGCUGUUUAAGCUGGAGAUGGAACAUCCUGGGAAGGGGAAGGGGCUAUCAGAGUAUAACGCCAAGACCAGGGAGAAUGAAAUGGAACAUGAAGUCAAGAGACUGAAACAGGAGAAUCAUAAGCUGCGGGAUCAGAACGAUGAUCUGAAUGCUCAGAUUCUCAGUCUGAGUUUGUAUGAGGCUAAGAACCUGUUUUCCUGUCAUACCAAGGCCCAGUGCCUGGCAGCCGAGAUUGACAACGCAUCCAGAGACGAGCUGGUAGAUGCCUUGAAGGAGCAGGAGGAGAUCAAUCUGCGUCUGAGACAGUACAUGGACAAAAUCAUUCUGGCCAUCCUCGACCAUAACCCCUCUAUUCUGGAGAUCAAGAGUUAAACCGCACACCACCACCUCACCCCCUCCCCCAACACACACACACACACACACACACACACACAGUGAUAAAGCAUCAGAAUAGAGUGACCGUGAGGUUUAGAUCAGUGAGAUCAAAUUACAAACUGCAUCCUUGGAUUACAUGCUGUGUCAAGGAAGUCAGUUUGAACUGAGCGCAGGGAUGGUGAACCCCACCACCAACAAUUAAAAUGAUUUUUGUAGAGAGGUAAAUACAGAAUGUAAAUACAUUCACUGGCUAUUGCUGAAAAAAUUCUGACCUUAAAUAGUAUGAAAAACAGGGUUUUAUUGAUAUGCGCACACACACACACACACGCACACACGCAGUCCUGUCCACUAGCACUAUUUAUGAAGAAAUCUGUCACUACAGACGUACAUGUGCCACCAAUCUUUUGUCAUUGUAUCUUUGAAGCCAAGUGACUGGGAAAGACUUGGGAAUGAACGAAAAAGCAGUUUGAUGGUCACUUUCUGUCUUGAAGACACAGUAACAAUUGUUUAAUGCAGAGCUCUGCCAUUAUUUGUUACAAAUGGGCGAUCAGUCACUGGGGAUCCAGACUGAAACAGAAGCCAGUUAUAAGGAGUGCAGGACAUAAAACAUACCAGUGUUUUGCAUGUUUACUACAAACCAUUUGCCAAAGCAGUCAUAGAAUUUUUGAAUGUCUUGUUGCCAUCUUCCAGGCAGCUGUUAGUUUCUUUUAUUUCAUGGUGGUAUGAAAAUCAGUUUGUAGACUUAACAAUCACUUGAGUAUGGUGCUCAUAUGAACAUCAUGUUUGUCAUAAUCAUGAUAUUGUUUAGCAAUGCUGAGUAGAUUUUUCAAUCCACUCUGCCAUUACACACAGUGAGACAGUUACCCUGACUUUGUCCAAAGUUCAGCAAGACUAGGUCAGAACCUAGUAAAUGGCUGAAGUGUGUAUGGUCCACAUAAUAUGCUAAUCAGCUUUUGCACUCUGCCUGGUGUCAACUGGUUUCAGCCCUUUAUCUGUUUGCUUCUCUCCUACACUGAUCAGCCAUAACAAUGUGACCACUGACAGGUGAAGAGAAUAACAUUGAUUAUUUGGUUAUAAUACAAUAUUCUCCUGAGAAACCUUGGGUUGUAGCGUUUAUCUCGAUGUUACUUUGACAUGUACCACCAACUAAAUAUUGUUGCAGACCAAGCCCCCCCCCCAAUGGCAAAUGCACUCCCCAAUGGCAGGGGCCUCCUCCAACAGUACAAUGCUUCAACCACAGGAGGUACAUGUCAAAUUACCAUCUAGAUGAAAACCAGAAGUCAGCAGAACAUUUUAUUGUAACGAGAUGAUCAAUAUUAUUCACUUCACCUGUCAAUGGUUUUAAUGUUAUGGCUGAUCAGUGUACAGUAUUUUAAUACAGCUCUAUUCCCAAUAAAACUGUUCUCAUUUACACAACCACUAUGAAAUUGAGAGUGAAAUGAGGCCCAUAAAAACUACAUGUUAACCAGCUGUCACUUCCAAGCUGCUGCUCUCCUCUGCUAAAGUUUUUCUUCUUAUUUCUGUCACAGUCACGUUGAACAAAACAUUCUACUCAUCUCUCAGUACCUGUUGCUGACACAGCAGCUAACGCUCUGAUGUUUGUGAACACAGGAUUCUCUCCCUGCCCUGCACGGCUCAUUUCAGCUCUGGGACUACUCUUUUAACAUUACUAAUAUUAACACUAGAUGAUUAAGUUAUAAGUUGAGCCCUAAUUGCUAACUUAAGUGCUAACUUAACUUUAACGUCCGAUGGUUCCAUGGUGGUUCUUUUUUUCAAGCUAAGAGAACGUUAUCCAGGCUAAGACUGUCAUAACCAUGACGGAACUGAACAGUUUGCCUUUGGAUUUGACUGAAAAGCUGAAACAAUUUAAAGUUUUAGGGGAGCUAUAUUUUUGAGCUGUUUCUUGAUGAACAGCAGUUUAUCCUUCCAUCCAGUGUUUCUGAGCAGCAUCUCCGGCUAUAGCACAGUAGAUAGUGAACUAUGUCCUUAAACAGACAGAAAAUUUAUGAAAUAGUCAAAUGUCGUGUGAAGUAUUUGUAUAUAUCUAGAAAAUGCAUACAGCACCUUUUAGAGGACUUACUCUCAAGUUCACUGUAUUUAGCUGUGAUCAACUAAUUGUGUCUCUAACCCUUUAAUUUGGCUGUCUCAACACAAAUGAAUGUCUACAUGAUUAAUAUAUGCUGUGUGCCACAACGUAUCAAUUUUCAGUAGUAUUCAAAAUGUUAAAGUCAGUAACUGUCAUUUAAGCCAGGGAGGGACAGUUCAGUGUGGCCUUUAAGCAGAAUAGGUUUUCUGAACUCAACUCAUAAUAAAGGUGCCAAUAGCCAAUAUUAUGUGCCAAAUGUGUUGGAUGGCUCACUUAUAUUUCUCAUACAAAUGCAACAAAUGUGGAUGUUUGACUAUGAAAUGAUCAACAACUGGAGCUGGAGAGAAGGAAACAAUGAGUCUCAGUUUGUCUCACAUAUGCCCAUAAACACAUUCACAAUUCAGAUCCUGACGGUUUCACACUGUUGUGCCAGCUGAUGGUUGGUGGCAGUAAUGUGCCAACAAACACGGAACAAAGGCAGUGAAGAAGAGUUCGUCCAGCAAGCAAACACGGAUGUUAACGAGAAAUGUUUUUGCAGAUGUUUUAUGGCCAAGGAAAUGCAUUCAACAUGUUUAUUAGACCUCAGAUAUACACACUGUGUGUUUUAGUGAGAACACUGAAUGUAAAUCUAACUUUUUGUGUUGAAAAUCUCCACAGGGUGUUCUUAAAUCAAGCUGUUCAUUCACUGUUUCUUAGCCUAUUAAAACACUAAAAUGUGAGAAAUCAGAUUUUACUGAUGGUAAUUAAAAUAAUUUCCAAAUAGUUUUUAGAAAAAUAGAAAUAUGUAUUACAGAAAAGAAUCACCUGCUUACUCUAAGUAAUCUACUGACUUAAAAGAGAGAAACUCAGUUUAUUCCUCUGCAUCAAUAGCCUCUUUAAACAAAGAUACUGCUAUAUUGCCAUUAAAAAGACGCAUUAUGAAGCGUUAUGCUGACUUUGCUCAUUUACGCUGAACCAAACAACUCUGGCACCCCGUGUGUAAUUUUGAUGGUGGCAUGAUGUGUAACAUAACAGCAUCGAUGUCUGCUCUCCUUUUUACACAGACAUCGAUCCAGCUCUGUGACCACCUCCACUGCCAGCUUAGUGCCAGAAAACCACGCCCCCCAUUCUGUGUUCCUACCUUUUAUACAAAAUGGCGAAGUGAAAUGAAGGUGCACUGUUCCUUUCUUGAACAGGCUGUAUAAAAAGAAGUGGCCUCUGUAAACUGGCCUAAACCUGAGUGAAUUUUAUUCCACCAGUGUAGUAAAUAAGUCUCACUUCAACUGAAUUAACUAACCCUAACCUAUAUAUUUAACUUCAACAUUUUUUCACCCUUGUUGUGACCUACAUCAGCUAGCCAAACGCAACAAAAAAUGUGUCACAGUGAGGAGAGCAGUGUUGAGCUGUGUUAUAUUGAGCACUAUAUGAUGUAACAAUGAAACUAGUUCUGCUCUACUGCACCAACUGUUCACUGAGUUAUUUUUUUCAUAUUUUAUUUGCUAGCUCUUUUACAGAUUUUGUGCAUUUGCAUACAAAGUAUGAACAAAUAUUAUUUAAGGAUUUUGCCCAUUGUUGUCACUGUAAGUGAGCUUUUUUUAUAUUUACAUUUUUAUUUUGACACAGUAUUUGUGAUGUCAUGCAUUGUAAAUGUACAGAAUCCAGUUAUUAUUUAUGUGCAAGUCAUUCUGCUUACCACAAAAUCUCUUUGAGAGAUUUGACACAAAAUAACAAACUAUGUGUUGUAGAUUAUUAUAAUCACAUAGCACACUGAAAGUGUCAUAUUCAAAGUAUUUACCAGGAAUAAUGUUAAACAUGGUGAAACAAUAAUAGUCUGUCACAAUUUACGUGUUCUUAGAUUUCUUUUACUUGUGUACUGCACAUGGAGCUAUGGGUGACAAUGUUGUACAAACUAGAUGUGUAAAUAAAAUUCAUUUGCUUUGGCAUGAUAAA